AUGAGCCCGACUCUCAACAAUAUCAUAUCUUCCCUGCAGAGAAGUGGAACAUUUAUCAAUUCUUUAAUUGCUGCUUCGACCAUUGGUGGGCAACAGCUUUGCUCUUCUUUCACAUUCAGAUGUCCCUGUCAGGCUGGAAAAAAUUUCUACUACGGUUCUGCUUUUCUAGUCAUUCCAGCCUUGAUCCUUCUGGUUGCCGGCUAUGCUCUGAGAAGCCAGAUGUGGACCAUGACCAGUGAAUACUGCUGCCGCUGUGGCCCUCCACAGCGGAGAAUCAGCCCCCUGGAGCGCAAGCUCGCUUGUCUUCGGUUCUACAGCAUCACCGGGAGGGCACUCGUUGCCCCAUUAACAUGGCUGGCCGUAACCCUGCUGACAGGCACCUACUAUGAAUGUGCGGCAAGUGAAUUCGCAUCUGUGGACCAUUACCCAGUGUUUGACAACAUCAGCACCAGCAAAUGGAAAGAGGUCCUAGCUGGGUUUCCAUGUGGCAAAUCGGUUCCAUCCGACGUGAUCCUGGUAAGAGAUGAAGUAGGUCUUCUGCACAGAUACCAGUCACAAAUGCUGGGCUGGAUUUUGAUCACCUUGGCAGCCAUCGCUGCCCUGGUCUCCCGCUGCGUGGCGAGGUGCUGCUCUCCCCUCACCUCUCUGCAGCACUGCUACUGGACCAACCACCUCCACAACGAGAGGGAGCUCUUUGAACAAGCUGCCGAGCAGCAUUCACGGCUCCUCAUCAUGCAGCGCAUAAAGAAACUCUUUGGCUUCAUUCCUGGAAAGGAAGAUGUCAGACACAUCCAUAUUCCUUCGUGUCAGGACUGGAGAGAUAUUUCAGCACCCAGUCUUCUCUGCAUGGGUGAGGACUUGCAAGGUCACUAUAGCUUCCUUAGAGGCAGGGCGGAUGAGACUAAUGAGGAAAGCAAAUCCGAAGGUAUUGAAUUGAAACCUUGA